CCCCUUCCCGGCGUGUCUGAAUCUCCGGCUGCAUGAACGAGCCUCGAUUCACUACAAGCCUGAACUUCUACGAUGCGUCUCUCCCAUACCUCAGCGGGCUGCGCGGCGCAGUCUGCAAGCAGCAGCGCACUAUAGGAUGUAAUCAAUCCCACAUGUUUCAUCUCUGCGACUCGGGGGGAUUUUCACUUUGAAUAUUUUUGUACUUUUUUUUCUUUCGUUGUGUAACCGACUCGCCAGGAGAAGAAGAAAAAAAUGGAUGUAACUUACCAGACAUGACGGGCGCGCAGUUUCCACCCCGCGAAGCAGCCAGAGCUCCGCUCCACGCGCGGGGAGCAGCCCGGAGUUCAUAAAAAGGGAUUAUUUUGCAUCUGGGUGCCCUGAGUUCCUUUUCGGUGCCUCCGGAUUUUUUCCCCUUCUUUUUUCCACUUCGGAUUUUGGGGGAUUUAUCGGCUCCGCAACCGGUGAUGGAAAGCCGAGAUUUCGCUCCUCCGCACCACCUCCUGACGGAGCGGAGCGCGCUGGUCCACAGCGCCGGGUCUCGGUUGGCGCCAGGCGGCCACGGCUCCGUGCAGCACCCCGCUCACUUCCAGCCGGGGAAGUACUACUCGUCCCACCUCUCCAUGGGUCCGCACUCAGGUGCUUCCUUCAUGGGUUCCUUCCUGGCCGGCAGUCUGGGGUCGCCGCCCUCCCACCCGCCUCACCCCUCGGGACCCGCCGCCUCUCCCUCCUCCCCCUCCUACAGGCACGGACCCCAUUCGAGCGCUUCCCCUAUCUGGUUCCCCCAUUCACAUGAAGGGUACCCCAGCUAUUCAGGAAGUCUUGCUUCUCCUUUUCUCCCCAUGAGUCCCCUGGAUCACCAUAGCAACAGCCUCUAUGGACAGCACCGCUUCUAUGAAACUCAAAAAGAUCACUUCUACCUGAGAGGCCUUCCUCCCCAGCCCCCUCUGCUCUCCACCAGUCACAGCCUCCCCCCGCUGUCCCGCACCGCCCCCGGUCACGCGCUCGGCUCUUGCGGCCGGGAGCCGGACGGCGGCGGCGGCGGCAAUGGCGGCGUGAAGAGCGCCAAGGACGCGGGCGAGAAAGGAGUUCCGUCCGCGUCGAGGGCGAAGGAGCGAUCGAACAGCAAGGAGCGACACCAGGAGAGCAAAGAGAAACUUCAUCAUCACCAUCCUCACCACCACCAAGCUUACCCCCACCCUCACCACGCCCUCCUCCAGGGCCGGGAGGAGGACCACAGACACUCUCUGGAGCAGCGGCACAAGGAGCACAGAGACGGCGACUCGGCCGGCCAGGAGACCAAACACACGAGUGCCUGCAAGCUGUCCGGCGGUUCGAUAGCGGAGGCCGGCUCCGGGGGGAAAGGGGCGGCGCUGAGCAGCUGCAAUGGCGGCGGGGGCGGGGUCGGUCGACCUCCGUCCGGCGGAGGCAGGCGGUGCUCCAAGGACGGACCCGUGAACGGGGAGAUGAGGAUCAGCGAGUCCUCGGCUUCGUCCAACGAAUGUACGAGAAGAGGUGCCGUCUUGGCGCCUCCCAACCCCCACGCCGUGGCCUCCUACUCCAUGCCGCCUCCCCCUCCCCCCCCGCCCCCCCACGCUUUGCACAUGGGCGCCACGGUGGCGGCGGGGUGGCUGCACCCCGCGCACCGCCACCCUCACCCCGAGUUCUACUGCUCCCCGGCGCCUCUCACGCUGACGCCCUCCAAAGAUUCAGCGUCCACCCCCGGAGGGUCCGGCAGGGAGGCGCGGGUGACGUACGUGCCCUCGGUCGGGCCCUUGGGUGACCCGGCGGCCAGCGACUGUCGCGGAGCGGGAGGAGGCGGCGGGGGGAGGAAGUCGGACGACAGGAGUGGAGACGGAGGUUAUGAAAGUCCGUCUCAUCACCUCAGUCGCCUUAGUGUUUGCCAGAAGAAGGACAAGUCGCAGCUGGGAUACGGCAAAGCUGACAAACCUCCGGACUGGAGCCACCAGACGCAGCACUUCCACAAAGCCGGCGCCAACGCCAGCUCGCAGUCCGAGUUGCGGUCCUGCAGCCUGGACCCGUCGUCGUCCUUCAGAGACGUAGAGGUCGUGGACGAUGUUUACCGCCCUUCGCUCCCGCUGGAGGCCCAGGGGACGCAACUCGGUGCCGGACAGGUCACACCCAAGAAUAAUGGCCCGGACACCGGCACUCCUCCCUUCAGGGAAUGUUCCCGCUCCGGACCCCAUCCUGACGGGAGGGUGGGGUCGGGGUCAACGUCUAAGAGGGAGGGGCAAAAGGUCGCGAGGAUACGGCACCAGCAGCACAGCAGCCAUGGAGCAACUACAGAAGAGAGAGGACGAGACAGAGGUCAGACGGCGCCUUCCUGGGGGGCUCGAGGGGGCUGCCAAGAGGACCAGAGAAAAAUCUCCCAGCAUGCACCAGUUGGGACUGGGCUCAGCGUCAGAGCUCCAAACAGUGACCACAACCAGCCCCAUUCUCAACCCCCUCCACCUCUCUCUCGCUGCUCCUCCACGCACACCGCGGAGGGCGAGGACAGCGCCAUGAAGAACCUAAUGAACUACAGCUCCCAGCAACCUUUGCUGCUGCCGCAGCGGGGCCCCUUCGGGGGUCUGGGCGGCCUCAAGCAGGGCGAAGAGAGAUCAGAGAAAGGGGAGCGCGGCGGAGGAGGAGCUAAAAGCAACUCUUCGCCGCCAGAGCCUCCCAAACAAUCGCUCCUCCCUCGCCGAGGCUCCGCUAACGAGGGAGAGCGGGGGGACCGAGGCGGGAAGGAGGCCGGGGAGGCAGGUGAGGGGGAGGUGCGGCAGCCUCCGGUGGGUAUUGCGGUCGCGGUAGCCAGGCCCCCCCAUCGUUCCCCAGACAACACCCCCGGACACAGCAGACAGGGCAGGGUGCUGCCCAGCGUAAAAGGAGUGUCACGCCACGUCUACACACUUGGCCGGGAGGCAGAGGAGCGGAAGAGGAUGACCGAGGAGCAGAUCAGCCUCCAUCACCUGGACAGAGAAAGAGAAAUGAUCAUCAGGGAAAACAAGGACCGCGUGGAGUUCGCCAGGAUCCAUCCAUCUAGCAGUUGCCACGGCGACCUGACCUCGCACCUCUUGGUUCCCGGAGGGGCCAGUCGGCUCGGGGUGGACCCCGCCGCGCACGCCCACCCGGCUCACCACCACUGGAUGCAGAGGCCAGGAAGCCCCUCCCUCUGGAUGGGGCAUUCAUACAGUCUGAGCCACGUAGGGAUGAGCCCCGGCUUCCCACCAGGUCUACCCGGCCCUCUGCAGCCCGUCUUGGGGUCGCUCACCCAGGACCCCAACUCCCCGCUGGUGGUUCUCCCGACAGAACCCGGGCCUCAUCAUCACCUCGACGUUCUGGAGCAGUCGGGUCUGUGGCCCCCUGUGUACGGAGGCAGAGGCCCCCCAUCCCACCUGCAGCAUCACUCCGUCUACUCCCGCUCCUCGUUCCUACGGCAACAGGAGCUGUACGCCCUGCAGCAUCAGCACCACCAGCAGCAGCAGCAGCGAGCCAUGGAGCACAUGCAGCGCCACUCCUUGGGACAGAGAAAACACGACGAGCACGCCAUCACCAUCGAGGACUCUUCUCACGAAUCCUCCGCAUCUGGGACGCCGCCCUGUUCCUCCUCUUCUUCAUUCACCACCUCCUCCCACACGGCCAAACCGUUCUCGCACGCGCUGCCGUCGCCCAAGACGCCGACGCCGUCUCCGGGGGCGUGUCCCAGCAGCCGCCAGUCGCCAUGCUACCACUCCCCGUCCAGGCGGCCUCACCCGCCCAACCCCCUGACCCCGGCGCCGAGCCCGGCGGCGGCCGCGCCCCGCUCCCCGGCUCUCAGCCCUGCUCCGUCACACCUCUCCAAGGGGCUGGAGAGGGGCAGUGAAAGAGGAGAGGGACAGCCACCUCAGGACUACCCACAAUCCCUAGAGCCAGACCUACCGCCUGUGUACACCUACCCUCCAAUCACCAUGGGUUUUAAGGCCGGGCCCUCGCCCCCCGAAGCUCGAUUGGCCGAACAAGCUGCGGUGGAGGCGGAGCCGGCCGAACCCGACUCCAAGACGCUGCCGCUUCCUCGCCACACCAUAGAGGAGGAAGAAGAGGAGACGAGGGAAGAAGAGGAUGGGACGGACUGCGAAGUGGUGGAAUCCCAGGUCAGAGUCGCGGAGGAAGAGAAGGAUGAAAGGUGGGUGGAAGAGAGAGGAUGCUGCACGCCCGAGAGCAGGGUGCCGGGAUUGGCGUCGCGCCCACCCCCGGCUCCCAUUCCAGAGCCGGCGUGCCCGCCCAUCGCUGCAGGCCACGCCCUGAAAGUAGAGCUCUCUCCGGGUUGCCCGGGCCAGAAGGUCAACCUGGAGGAGCCCCAACUGACCAAAGAACAGGAGGAUGACGAGGAACAUAACAAAGAGGAUGAGGAGGAGGAAGAGGGAGAGACAAUUGGGCCUGAACCAACAGAAUGUACUGUCUCUGUGUGCGGAGAGGAGGAGGAGGAGGAGGAGGAGGAGGGUGGGGAUGAAAAUGGAGUGAAUGUAGAGGUGGUUGAGGACGAGGAAGAAGAGAAGGGGAGUGGGGCGAGUCCAGGUGAGGCCCCGGUGGAACUGAAGUGCACCUCGCCAGCUCCGUCCUCCUCCUCCUCCUCCUCCUCCGCGGCGAGCACGCCGGCCCGACUCCAGGGGGCCUACAUGUGGAGCCUGGAGCUCCUGAUCGCCGCGGCGCUGUGCGCCACCAGAGAUGCCUUGUACCUGCCGGCCGCCGCCGCCCGGGCCCCGAGCCCCCCGCCGCACCGCGGGAUGGAGAUCCUGGGGGAGGUGGCCGAGCUGGAGAUCCAGCAGAGGAGCCGAGAGGAAGACCCCGAGGGUGAGGACAUGCUGACCUUUGACCUGCGCAGUCUGGCGACGCUGGCGGCCGCCCGUGCCCUGGAGGUGGGGGGAGGGGCUGCGUUAUUGGGGGCGGAGCAGCAGUGUCCAAUCAGGAAGAGGCUGGACCUGCGCAGGAAGUGCAGCUGGACCCCUCGCCACGAGCCGGUGUGCCCAGUAAAGGGCUCCAUGGAGACGAUGGGAGGGGAGGAGCUGUCCAUGCGUGUCCAGCUGGCUGAGCUACAGCGCCGAUACAAAGAGAAACAGAGAGAACUGGCCAAGCUACAGAGGAAACACGACCACCAGAAAGAGGAGAAGUCUCGUAGCCCUGCCCGCCGGGGGCCUGGCCGCCCCCGUAAGCGCAAGUCCACCCCCGGCCCAGCUGCCGCCGCCGCCACCGCCGAAAGCUCCAAGAGAUUCAGAGAGGGGCUGAACUCACUGGAGGAGAAAUCCAGGAACAAUUACUCCACCCACGGCUUCAGCAGCCUCAGCGCGGCGCAGAUGAAAGCUCGGCCCAGCGCCCUGAGCUCCCGGCUGGCCAGGCGGGCGACGCAGCUGAAGCAGACGGCGGCGGCCAAUCGCGGCGCACCGUCUGCAGACCUGCUGCGCUGCAGAUGGGCCCCCGGUGAGGAAGAGGCCUCCAACAGUCUCUGCAGGCAAGGAAGAAAAGACCUGCAGCUGGACUGGGCGUCCGGUCAGACCGUGCAGAGGAAGAGGGGGCGAAAGCCCAAAGGGCUGAUGGCCGUCGACGCGAACGGAGCUCGACGCCAGGACGGCCGGACCUCUGAGAAACGCGACGUCAGGGAAGAGAGGAGCGACAGCGAGAGCUCGGAGGAGGAGGAGGAGGAGGAGGAGGAGGAGGAGGAGGAAGAGGAGGAGGAGGAGGAAGAGGAGGAGGAUUACGACGAAGACGGAGCCGGUGACAUCCGGAUGAGCUCAUCCUCGAAAGAAGCUCCUGCAAAGCCGGCUGGGAUCGGGCCUUUUUCAUCGCAGUCCUCCAAGACGCUCCAGACACACCAGGAAGCAGGAAGCAUAAGGAGCGCGUCCCGUGCGGAUCAGAGGAGACUUCCCAGAAGGCCGUGCCUCGCCGACACCGAAAGGGGACAUCCGGUCCACCAGGGGACCGGGAGGGCCUCUCUACCCAGCUGGGGGGCGUCGGCAGUGGGCUGCGGCUUCGGGGACGGCCAGGGGAACCACGGAGCGACGGCGGAGGUGAACAGCGCCGCGAGGAAGAGCUCCCCGGGGGGGAUGCUGGGGAAGGCCAAGGGCCACGCAGUGAGCCGGCUCCUGCAGAGCUUCGCUGCCGACGACGGCUUUCAUUUGGACGAGGAAAGCAGCUUCUCCGAGGAAGAGGAGGAGGAGGGUGAAGUGGAAGAGGAGGAGGAGGAGGAAAUAAAGUUGAUCCACCUCCCUCCCAACAUGCCAUGCAGAAUCCCUGCGCUGCCCAACUGCGUGCUGAGCAAAGAGAUGUUGGUGGACGGCCUGAAGAUCCUGAUCUCCAAGGAGGACGAGCUGCUGUAUGCCGCCUGCGUCCAGACCCUGGACCUGCCUGACAUAUUCAGCGUCGUCAUCGAAGGAGAGCGUGGGAACCGGCCCCGGAUCUACUCGCUGGAGCAACUGCUGCAGGAAGCCGUGUUGGACGUGCGGCCGCAGAGCGAGGCCAUCCUGACCGCGGGGACACGAGUGUGUGCGUACUGGAGCGAGCGCUCGCGCUGCCUUUACCCCGGAUACGUCCAUCGAGGAGGCGAGGAAGAGAAGGAGGGCAGUGUGAUGGUGGAGUUCGAUGACGGCGACAGGGGGAGGAUCUCCCUCGCGAACAUCCGGCUUCUGCCUCCGGGAUACCAAAUCUGCUGUGCGGAACCGUCUCCGGCGCUGCUGGUCUCACCUGGGCACCGCAGGAGGCAAAGCAGCUCCGCCCAGGAGAGGAAAGACACGCCCACGACGGAGAAACCGUCCAAUGAGGAGGCAGUGGGGAGGCCCCAAGAGAAAAGACCAGUCGGCAGGCCGAAGAAAGUCCUCUCGGCGCCUCGGCCCGCGGCGACGGACACGUUAACCAAAGGCGCCGCUUCCUCGCUGAGCUGGUCGACGCCCAGGAAGAGGCCGCCCGUCGACUUCUUCCUCUUCAACGGGACGUCCCGGAAGACCCAGAGGAAAGUGCGGGAGCGAGACCCGGGGCUGUUCCACCGGCCCACCUCCCACCUGCUCGCGCCCCCGAUGCCCAUCAAAGGCAUCUUCGGCUCCCCCUUCGAGAGCGACUCGUUCAGCAGCAUCGCCAACAGCUACUCCACCUUCAGGAGCGGCGGCGGCGGCUCUGGGGCGGGGCGACCGGUCGCUCAGGGGCUCCGGGACCCCCCCUCGUCCUCCGCUGCGACGGUAGCCGGAGGCAAGAAGCCGGCGAGCGACCGCGACAGGAGACAGUUGCCGGUGAAGCUCGACCACGAAGGAGUCACCUCGCCGAAGACGAAGAACGGCAAGGCGCUGCUCCGAGACAAGAGCCUCUCCUCCGCCGGAGCGCCGCCGCCGCCGUACAUCCACCCUGCCCUGAUGAUGAAGGACGGGAAGAAGGGAGGAGGCGAAAGAGAUGGCGCCGGCACCCGCUUUGAGCCCGUUGUCAAGGGCGCCCCACCUCUGAGGAAGAGGCUGCCGGCGGGUCUCGGGGUCCAGGGUGGCGAUUACAGCCGGGACUACCCGAGCGACGGCCCCAGCUCUUACUCCGAGCUGGAUGAGGAUGAAGAGGAUGACGCUCGGGAUGCCGAAGCCCCUCGCGGUGGCGCGGCGGACCCUCCGCACCGCGGCGGCCGCUUCCUCUCCCGCCUUUCCGCCUGCUUCUCCUCGUCCUCCUCUUCCUCCUCCGCCUCCGUCUCCUCCUCGUCGUCCCCGUGCUCGUCGGACAACGACUCCUCCUACUCCUCGGACGAGGAGUCGUCCUCGGUGCUGCUGCGCCGCGCCCUGCUCCAGCAGGACAAGCACCGGCAGAGCGCGACCUCCGACCUCCCGAGCGCCGAGCCCGCCGCCGGCGCCUCCCCCCCUUCCGCGGGCGACGGCAGCGCGGCGAAGAAACUGCUGAAGAGGAAAGAGCGCAGUUCCGGUGGCCGCCACGAGGGGCAGAGCAGCGCCGCGAGCCAGCAGCACAAAGCUGCAGCCAAGGACCCGGCAUCCGCCAAGAGGCAACGGAUGACCUCACCGGAGCCGCUGCCCAACAACAUGGCUCCUCCUCCUCUGCCUGGACACCAGCUGUGGAAAUGGUCCGGCAACCCCACGCAGAGGAGAGGUCUGAAGGGUAAAGCCCGCAAGCUCUUCUACAAGGCCAUCGUGCGGGGCAAGGAGACGGUGCGCGUCGGCGACUGCGCCGUGUUCCUGUCGCCGGGCCGGCCCCAGCUGCCCUACGUGGGCCGGGUGGAGAGCCUGUGGGAGUCGUGGAGCUCCGCCAUGGUGGUCAGGGUCAAGUGGUUCUACCACCCGGAGGAGACGCGCCUGGGGAAGAGACACCGCGACGGCAAGAAUGCUUUGUACCAGUCGAGCCACGAGGACGAGAACGACGUGCAGACGAUCUCCCACCGCUGCCAGGUGGCCGGCCGGGCCGAGUACGAUCACCUGAGGCGCGAACGCAAGGCUGCUGGCGGCGGCGGGGCGGCGCACAACCUGUUCUACCUGGCCGGGUCUUACGAACCCACCACGGGCCAGCUGACCGGCGCCGACGGCGUGGCCAUUGUGUCCUAAGCACCACGCCGGCGGAUUGGGUUGAGGGAAUCCAAAAUAUUGAAAAAACGCACACCUGGAGACGAUCGGCUCUCCAGGACCGCCCCGUCAGGACGGAGCCGGGGGGGGGGGGGGGGGGGGGGGCGGCGGGGGAACCGAGACAAAGAGUUUUGGACUCUGCGUGUCGAUCUGUCCCUCGUGAGAGGCGGAGCUAGCCCACUGGAUGAGGCCCCGACAGCACCUGGCACUUAUAGGAGCCCAGUUUGUUCUGGGGGGGAGGAGUCUGACCCGUGUCGGAUUUAACCUCUUCAUCAGAUGUGGACUGAGGCCUCGACGGCCUUCCUGUCGGCUGGAGGAACCGGAGCUCCUCGUCACCGCGACGCGAUUACUGCCACGAAGGAGCCGGGAGCAAGGACACGAGCACUUUGGAGUACAGUCG